AUGAUUAGGCUUUUAGUAAAAAGUUUAUUAGUUUUAUUAUCUGUCUCUUUGAAGGAAUAUCCUUAAUUAUAAUCCUUUGAUUUCUUCAUUUCUGAAUAGCCUAGAAAAAAUAUCAAUUGGUAUUUCAAUACUGUUACUACUGUCUUCGAAUUUAUACUUAUAAUAGGAUUAAAGCCAAGAAUCAGAAAUUCAAAAUUUUAGAACUGUGCUUUACAUAACAGUUUAGAUUAUUAACCUUUUAUUUUUCAUUUUAUGUGUCUGGCUAAUUUUAACAUCGUUUUUAGAAAAAUAAAUUUAAAAACUAAAAAAAUAUAUCAAAUGCAAGUGUGUUUAAAGAAUUAGAUCUACAGACAAUAUUAAAAUUAAUAAAAACAUUAAAAAAAUGAUUUAGUGUGCUAAAAAAAUUUAAAUUAAUUAACCAAUAAAUUCUUAAUUAUUCUUCGAAAUGGAAUGAAACUAUUCUAGAAAUAUCAAGAAAAAAUAUUUUUUUAUUAAAAUAAACAUAUCUUUUUAAUUCAAUAUUCUUAUUAUUAUUAUAUAUUUUUUAUUUUCAAGUAUACAUUUAUUUCAAAUAAUUAUCUAUUAGUCUAUCUGAAAUGA